AUGACUGGACGCCUUCUCGUAAUCGCGGUCUUGAUUGCACGAGCCGCUAUCGUUGCUGCAGGUGCCGUUACCAAUCAACAGCAGUGGCAACUUGCAUUCGCUGCGACUUCGGCACAACCCCUCACUGAGCACGAUUCCUUCUACAGCAGCAGCCAAGCACAGAUCUGGUCGCUCUCCUCCCUCGAAUCGCAUCGGCUUCCUUUUCCGCUGCAUUCCGAGCACGCUGCGGGUCUGAAUCCAGCUUUGAACACCAACACUUCGGCGGAGACGGCAGCUUCGGCAAGCUUCUCCGCUCAUGCUAAACCCGCACCGCUACAGUGGUCGCUGUCCAAUGCCAACGGCUCCCUCCACGUCGAUGCCCUCUUCCCAUCGCUUACUCACCUUGAUCUGCUCCGUGCAGGAGUCAUCCAAGACCCGCACGUCGGCCUCAACGAAGGGCUCUACUGGUGGAUCUCGAAUGAGCAAGCUUGGACGUACACCGCCGACCUCGAGCCCAUCCUUGCCCAACUUCGUGCCUCCUCCGAUGCAGGCAAGCGCCAAUACUGGCUCCACUUCCAGGGGCUCGACACCAUCGCUCAGGUGUUCGUCGGCGGUGAGCUGAUCCGUGAGACGCGCAAUUACCAUCAGUGGUACGCCUUUCGCGUUCCAGCGCACCUUCUUGAGCGGGAGAUCAGCACCAACAUUACGCUCGUUUUCAGCAAUACUAGCGAGUAUGCUGCUCAGCAAGCUGCAGACCAUAGUCCGGGUUAUCCGACCCAGCUGCAGAGCGCGGAUCGCCCCCGCGUGUUCGAUUACGAGUUUCCCAACCGCAUCCAUGUGCGCAAGCAGCAGUCGGAUUUGGGUUGGGACUGGGGGCCCGCUUUGGUUCCUGUUGGUCCCCAUAAGCCUGCCUAUUUGAUUGUGCUUCCCGAUGCCGCUCAGGAUACUGACAGCGAUGAGGAUGCGAAGGAGCAAGAGGUACAUGGCGAGGCUGGGGAUGCAGAGCGAAAGCCAACAGUACUGGUCAUGGCCAGCGGCAUCGACAUCUACCGCAAAGGCCAGGUCAACAACCUGCCUCCCCCCGACCCGGACGCCAACUGGAUCGUCAAUGUCACACUCACUCUUCUCUCAGCAACCGACGUGAACCCUGCCUCGCUCCGCCUCUCGAUCCCCGCCUUGGACCUGUACACGUUCGACGUGCUGCUCUCCGCACCCUCCGUGUCGGCUGGACUCAACAGCCCUAUCCAUGCGACGUUCGAGGUUCCCAGCAGCGGCAAGUACGGACCUUCGCUAUGGUGGCCGCGUGGGUAUGGCAACCAGACACUGUACGACGUCGUGCUGCACAGCGACGAGCUCGGCAUCGAGGUACGCAAACGCGUCGGCUUCCGAACCGCCGUGUUUGACCUCUCCACCAUCUCCCCGGAGCUUGUCGCGCAGGGUGUCCAGCCGGGCUCGCAUUUCCGGCUGUUUGUCAACGGGCGCGAGGUCUACGUGAUGGGCACCAACGUGAUCCCGUUUGACACGCUCGCUGUGCGCACGAACCCAGACACCGUGCGCUGGCUGCUCGACUCGGCGCUGCACGCGCAUGUCAACCUCAUCCGCGUGUGGGGUGGCGGUGCGUACCCGUCGCCCGAGUUUUUGCGCAUGUGCGAUGAGCUGGGUGUCAUGGUAUGGAUGGACGCCAUGUUCGCUGCGGCCCUGUAUCCUUAUAAUGCCGAUUUUCUGGAGGCGGCGAGCGAGGAGGUGGCGCAGGUGAUGCUCGACGCUGUAUCACACCCGAGUGUGGUGGUGGUGGUGGGGAACAACGAGGGGGAGCUGUUCUUUUUGGGUGGGUAUGGGGUGUGGGAACGCGAUGGCGAGUGGAAGACGGGCUACGAGGCCUUGUUUGACCACGUGGUGAGGGAUCGGGUGCGGGAGGCCAGUCGAGGGCUGUCGUACAUCACGUGUUCCACGACGACGGGGUAUAUCCAGCUGGACCCGUACGUGGGUCGAUACAGCAACUAUCCCAAGGGAGAGCUGCACGGAACGGGCGAGCAUUACGACUAUGUCGCGGCGGAGGGGUUCGAUAUCGACACGUACCCGCGCAGUCGGUUCAUGGUCGAGUUCGGCAUGUUCUCCCUGCCGUCCAUCGAUGCGCUCGACUACAUCCUCGACGGAAGCGGCGACUAUUCGAUCAAUUCAUCAGUGCUGCGUGCGCACCUCAAGCACCCGCCUGCCGGCAACCUCACCUACCCCUUCUCCGCGGCUCAGGGGCAGUCCGAGCUGCUCUCCGCCGUCACCGAAUGGUUCCCCACGCCAUCGACGCACUUACCCGCGCGCGCGCAGCUGCACCGCUACGCCGUAUCGAGCCAGCUCUACCAGGCGCUGUACGUUGCCAACCAGAUCAGCGUGUACCGGCACGGUGCGGCGCAGCGCGAGCGCAAUCGCGGCCUGGUUGUGUGGCAGCUCAACGACGUCUGGCCGGGCACGAGCUGGAGCAGCGUCGAGUACGAUGGUAGGUGGAAGCUUCUGCAUUAUGCGUUGGUGGAUGUGCAGGCGCCGGUGGCGGCGGUGGCCGUGUGGAAUGCCACGGACGAGGUACUGGAGGUUGCGGUGGUGUGGAGUGGAGCGCGCUGGGACGGUGAUGACGGGGCAGGGGAGAAGGUGAGGGUGAGGGUGAGAAUGGAGUGGUUUGAUUUCAGGGGUAAGGUGCUGGUAGCGGACGAACGGGAUGUUGACGUGACGCGCGGUGGCGAAGCGGGCAGUGUGACGGUACAGACGAUCCACGAUCCGGAACACACGCGCUGCGAGGGCAAUGAGCAGGGGUGCUACCUGCGCCUCACUCUGCCGUCCACCCACGUGGUCACGUACUGGACACCGAUGAGUCGUCUUGCGUCCACUGUCGAGCGGCUACACGCCUCGGGUGCCGCUCCGGAUCUCCAACUGCUCCGCUCGCGCUCUUCGCCUGGAACGGUGCGAGUGCGCAACACGGGCAGCGCAGUCGCGCCGUACGUGUGGCUCGAAUACGGCGCGGACGCCGGCGUGGGCUACUUUGCUCGAUGCGACAGCGCGGGCCGGUGCCGUCGCCCAUUCAACGCGUUCUGGCUGCGCCCGGGCGAGGAGGUGCAUCUGCGCCUCGUAAGCGCUGCGCCGGCAGGCGGCGCGGGGAAGCACCAGGAGCGCUGGUCCGUUUCGUCGCUGUUUGACAAUCUGCCGCCGCUCGCGUAG